UGAGCAUAUUUUCAUGUGCCUGUUGGCCGUUCGUAUGUCUUCUUUGGGAAAAUGUCUAUUCAGAUCCUCUGUAGUAUCUACUAAUAGUAGAAAUAAUAGUGGAUCCCCAUUUGUGUGCCCAGGAGUGACUUCUCCUCAGGCCAGGAAUGCCAACCUCCAUAUUUACAGUGGCUCUCAACUGUUUGUUAUGCCUCAUGUGCCUGGAGGGUUGUGACACCCUCCUGGCUGUCCCAGGAGAAUCAGGACAGUUAUUCUCAAUUUGGAGCCCAUUCUUGGUAGCUCAGGCUGGCUUGAUAAAAGUUCCCAGGUCAUUUGGACACCCCCUUCUUGCCCCCACCAAGGCAAUUGCUCAUCACUCCUGCCCCCACUGAGAUUUAUUACUUAGAGCAGCGAGUCUUAACUGAGCACGCAUAUUAGCAUCUCUCACAGAGCUUUGUUAAAAUACACACUCUGCAUCCCAUCGCAGACCUGAUGAAUCAUAAUUACCCUGGUGGAGCACCAGUAAGUGUAUUUCACCUUCCCAGGCAAUGCUGAUAUACAGGCCUGGUUAAGAAUUAUUGUCUUUGUGGAUAUCUCUCUGCUCAAUGCUGUCUCACUCAGCAAGCACAACACUAAAUCUUCUAGCAAUAAAUAAAUAAAUAAAUGGCAUCCACACAGCUUUUUAAAGCUCAGAGAUACUGACCAUGAGUGUCAAACUAAGGAGGCAGAGCCUUUGGUGAUACGAUAUGUGUAUCCAGAGGAAGAACUCUGCAUGUAAGAGGGCUCUGUAUAUAGCCCUGGACGUGUUGCAUACUAGGAACUUAACAAAAGGCAGCUAUUGUUAUUAUUAAUAAUUGUGGUGUAUUGGCCUCCGAGACCCUAGCUCUUUGAAAAGCCUGUUUCCAUUUUAGGAGAAAAGUUUCCAAACCCAGGAAUUAAGAAAAUGACUGGCUGUUUGGGAAGCAUUUAGAAAAUGUGACAAGAGUUGUCAUACACAGGCUAGCAGCAGAGAUUCCAAGGAAGGAAAGCACUGUGGCCUGUGUUUUCAUUUCCCUUUUUGCUUCUGAAAUGAGAUAGGAAGGAGAGAUGUGUGUCAGCAGCUGGUGUGGAGAUGGGAGUCGAUGGCCUCUCAAAACUCAGUCCCUAAGGUCUGGGAACAACACAGCGAAGUCCACAUUGCCAUGGGCUUUGGUUUUUGGCUCUCUUAGCAUUCAUACUUGAGGUUUGGGGCUCCUAGUUUCUGUGCAAAGGUGAGUGUAACCACAUUUCCAGCUGAGCCUAGUGCAAUGUCUCUGCCCCCUGACAGAAUAUACAGAGCUGAGAAUUGGUUAGAAGAUGGAAAAGAAUGGACUCAACAGAGGGAGGAAAUUCUGCCUUAACUUUCUUUAGAUGCUCCAGAAAAGGGGAUUAGAAAGGCUCUUCAGAAUUAAGACUGGAAAGGGAGGUCAUCCCACUGGAGCAAAAAUCGGGAGAUAAACCUACUCAAGUCACAUGAGACACCUGUGAAGUACUCUGAAAAGUAAAGACCUCAGGACUAUCUACAUCAAGAGCAACAGCAUCAAUCACUGUAUCACUGGCCUGUAUCACUGGUGGGGGCUGUAGACAUCAGCUGCUGUUGAGGGUGAUGCUCAAGGUCCUUAAUCUAGUCCUCAGCCCCUGAGCCUGAACCCUGCCGGGCAGAGAGGCAAUCUGCUCAAUACUUGGAGCUUCCAGUUUAGUUGACUACAUAAGGUAUUUUGGUUUAGUAGGUCCUUAAAUAAGACAAUUUUUCUUUAGGUCUAAUCUCUCUCCUGCUGACAGUUCCUAUCCUCCUGGGCCUCACCCUUAAACUGCCUGCUGUUUAUUUGAAAAGUGCAGAUAGCACAGUGCAAGCUGGCACUCUAGCAAACGUUAAAAUCUAUCUCAGGACAUCUAGCAGGCAGAGGAAAACUGCACUCACCCCCACUCCGUGCUAUUCCUAUCAGAGAGGACAUAGAAAAUAUUCUCUCUUCUCUUGGCCGGCAUCCUCCCCUUACUGAAAGACGCAGCGUGUGUGCAUCUGAAAUGGAGGUGUGGAGUGGGGGGUGGAGUCUAGCUUUCUGGCCUCAACAAAGACACAAUGGUUCAGAGAAGGCCAGAGCAGAGCAACCAGCCAGGCAGAAUCCAGGCCUCUCGGAUCUGCGGGAAGGGUGGGCUGCCCUGUGCCGGUCCAGGGUGGAAUGCCAGUCCUGGGCUCUGUUGCCUGCCGAGCCCUUCCUGAUGUGACUUUAUGAGAACAAUCCUCACUCUCGCUGGUGGAGAGGGUACACACACAAGAUUUCUCCUUAGGAAGAUUUCUCCAACAUGACAAAGUGCAAUUAGAAAUCUGGGUUCUCUUUUCCUGAGCUUGGACACAAAUUUGUCCUGAGAUGGGAGAAGGCUCUGUAGGCAAAGGACUGCAGGGGCGGGAGUAGGCUACAGGCGCUGGCCUGUAGCUUCGCAGCGGUGACGGCAAGCGGCCGGCAGGUGUCAGUGCGCCCUCGCUCUGCCGCCGUGCGCGGCCUCCGCUCCAGGACCCUUCCUCACCGCGGUCUAGGGGGCGCGGUUCAGAUCCUGCCUGCUAGUGUCUCUCAGACAGCUCUGCAGCUGGGACAAGUGGCCGUUUCUCCCCAGAGCGGAGCUCUGAACUCUGGCGGGGCCCGCUCCCCGGGGGAUGCUUCCCAUUUCGCCCCAGGAGUUGCAUCCGGACGUGCACCUUCCUCUCUCACCAGCCCCACUGCCCCGCCGUCAGGAGCACUUGGGGGGCUGCUCCGGAUGCGACCCGUACCGGUGUGUUGCUUCUCCCAAUUCGGCCGGGGAUCCCUACCCUUUCCGCCCGAGUCCCACUCAGCUCGAUGUGGGCACUCCCGGGUGCCCGACGCGUUCUGCUCGGCGGUCCCAGAGAUGCUUGGCCAAUUCCCAGCAGGGACCGCUGCUCACUGCCCGGGCACGCUCUUUAAAUCCCUCGCUCAAGGUACCCGCCUCCCCAAAGGGCCAGUUUUGCCAGGGGGCCAGGGCUCCAGUGGGUCCGGAGCCCGGCGCGGACUCCAGACCCGCGGAGGGGAGGCGCAAGGGGCGGGGGAGGGUCGGCUUCCCACGUGGGGGUGACGCCGGCUGCUCGGCAACGCCGGCUUGAUCCUGGGGCUAUAAAACCAGUCCACCGUGAGCGCCACGGAGAAGCACCGGCCCCAGCUCCCGUGCAGACGCCCAGCAGCCGGCGCGCCGCCGCCCGGCCACCCCCAGCACCUUCUCCCCCAAGCCCUGCGCUCCUGCCCCAACUCACGCUGCCCUCGGACCCCAGCUGUCCCGUCGCGCUCAGCGCCCGAAGCUCGCCGGGCCGACGCCCAGGAGACCCCCUGCCUCGGCCGCGGCUCCUGGAGGGCCGAUCGCCCACCCGCCUGGGCCCGCCUUAGGACGGGGGCGCCUUCAUGCGGCCCGCACACCCCUCACCCCGCCGCCGCCUCCGAGCUCCACGCGCUGCGCCCCAGCCCCUGCAGGGCACGCAACUUUGGAAGUCCCGCGGCGCUCCGAGAGGCGGCAGAGUCUGCGCCCUGGCCCUAGCCCGGGCCUCGCCGACCCCGCAGCGUCUGGGGGAAGCGAGAGAGUCGGUAAUCGCUUCGGGGAUGUAAGGAGACAGACACAGGACCCCAAGCCAGCAUCAGCACCCCUCGGCUGCCUCUCGGGGUGGGGGCGGGCCCCGCACACGGUAAGACCUCUUGUUUUCGCUCAGGCUCCAGAGUCAAAGAUAUAGAUAUAUUUAAUUUCCUGUUAUCCUUCCAAGUCAUCAGGCCACCGAUUAUUUUUGUUCUCUCUUCUUGAAGAAUAAAUCUCUCUUUCCUCAUCGGCUCGACCUACUACUCUCUCCCGCCGCUUAGAAAUAAAACUUGGCGGUGCUUAGGAGCUGGGAGCGAGAAGGCGCCGACCCCGAGCGCUCGAAGCGCGGGCCGGGCGUGCUUCCCGGGAGCCGGGUCCAUGGGCCGUUAGCGGUCCCCCAGCUCGGGCUCGGCCUCCCAGAGGCCGCUUCUCCAUGUGAGGCGCGGCGGGGCGAGCGGGGCGCAGGAGGAAGAGGAGGCUCAACGGGCGCCGGCCGGAAGGCAGCUGGCAGCAGGCCCAGGCGAGCGGGCACCCGCGUUCAUGUUCCGCCAGGAGCAGGCGCUGGCCGAAGGCAGCUUCGCGCCCAUGGGCUCCCUGCAGCCGGACGCGAGCAACGCUAGCUGGAACGGGACCGAGGCCCCGGGGGGUGGCGCCCGGGCCACCCCCUACUCCCUGCAGGUGACGCUGACGCUGGUGUGCCUGGCCGGCCUGCUCAUGCUGUUCACGGUGUUCGGUAACGUGCUUGUCAUCAUUGCCGUGUUCACAAGCCGCGCGCUCAAGGCGCCCCAGAACCUCUUCCUGGUGUCUCUGGCCUCGGCCGACAUCCUGGUGGCCACGCUUGUCAUCCCUUUCUCGCUGGCCAACGAGGUCAUGGGCUACUGGUACUUCGGCAAGGCAUGGUGUGAGACCUACCUGGCGCUCGACGUGCUCUUCUGCACGUCGUCCAUCGUGCACCUGUGCGCCAUCAGCCUGGAUCGUUACUGGUCCAUCACCCAGGCCAUAGAGUACAACCUGAAGCGCACCCCACGCCGCAUCAAGGCCAUCAUCGUCACCGUGUGGGUCAUCUCGGCCGUCAUCUCCUUCCCGCCGCUCAUCUCCAUCGAGAAGAAAGGAGGCAGUGGUGGCCAGCAGCCGGCCGAACCGCGCUGCGAGAUCAACGACCAGAAGUGGUACGUCAUCUCGUCGUGCAUCGGCUCCUUCUUCGCGCCCUGCCUCAUCAUGAUCCUGGUCUAUGUGCGCAUUUACCAGAUCGCCAAGCGCCGCACCCGCGUGCCGCCCAGUCGCAGGGGUCCUGAUGCCGCCGCCACGCUGCCGGGGGGCGCCAAGCGCAGACCCAACGGCUUGGGCCCGGAGCGCGGCGUGGGCCCCGUGGGCGCCGAGGCGGAGUCGCUGCCGGCCCAGCUCAACGGUGCCCCGAAGGAGCCCACGCCGGCAGGGCCGCGGGACGCCGACGCGCUGGACCUCGAGGAGAGCUCCUCGUCCGAGCACGCCGAGCGGCCCCCGGGGACCCUCAGGUCCGAGCGCGGCCCCCGGGCCAAGGGUAAGGCCCGGGCGAGCCAGGUGAAGCCCGGGGACAGCCUGCCGCGGCGCGGGCCAGGGGCGACGGGGCCGGGGGCACCCGCGGCCGGGCACGGGGAGGAGCGCGGCGGAGGCGCCAAGGCGUCGCGCUGGCGCGGGCGGCAAAACCGCGAGAAGCGCUUCACCUUCGUGCUGGCGGUGGUCAUCGGAGUGUUCGUGGCGUGCUGGUUCCCCUUCUUCUUCACCUACACGCUCACGGCCGUCGGCUGCUCGGUGCCGCGCACACUCUUCAAGUUCUUUUUCUGGUUCGGCUACUGCAACAGCUCGCUGAACCCGGUCAUCUACACCAUCUUCAAUCACGACUUCCGCCGCGCCUUCAAGAAGAUCCUUUGCCGGGGGGACAGGAAGCGGAUCGUGUGAGCGCGGAGUCCGCGCCCCGCGAACAGACUCGCGCCGACAGCGGCCGCUGGGAUCCAGGGGUGCGUCUACGCAGUCCCAGUACUCCGAAACCUGGGUCCUGCCUAUUCCGAGUUUCUUGGCCUGAAGGUUGCUCUGCGGCGCCCUGCCGGCAUCUGCACUCUCCUACCAGAGAAAAGUACUGGCUGGGGGUGGGUGGGGGACCGUAAGGGCACACACCCCCCCCAAUUGUUCUUAGGGCCGCUCCUCACUCGGAGCCAUCUUCCUGGGUUCUUAGGCGGGCCCCCAAAUCAGUAUUGUUUCCUAAAAGUAUUUUCACCUCCCCUGGAUCCAGCUCUCACCGUGGUUCAGAGCAAGCACGAGAGCUCAGAGGGGAUGGCUCUCAAAGGGUUAAUAGAUGGUGGUACCCAGCCCUGGCUCUCCUCCUCCCCCGACUCUAUUUUUAAACAAAAGCUCAGGGCAGCCCUGCCCGCCCUCCCAUCCCCCCCCCCUUGUAAAUAUACACUAUUUUUGAUAGUACACGUUGUCCGCAAUGUCGCUUGGCUUUUGAUGUUGGCAUCCUGGCUGUUGGAGAUGCUCUCCAGGCAGACACAUUGUGGCUAGCUCAGGGCAAGCCUCUUUGCAAUGUGAGCCCUUUUCUGUUGUCAUUACCUCCCUCUGUGUCAUUUUCACCAGCAACUGGUGACUGUCCCUUGGGACUGGACCUGCUUUGAGAUUUCCUGAGGGGGAAAAGAUUUCUGUCCAUUUUUUCCCGUGCCUAACAGCAUGAUUGCCUUUUCCUAUGUAAAUAUUACAAUGAUGGACCAAGACAGAAGUAAAUGAACCUUUCUGCCUUGCAGCAGCCCUGUGUAUAAAGCCAUUAUCCUCUGAUGCAUCCUUCUUCGCCCCAGUACCUCACUUUAAAACCUCCUCUUUCCAGUGUCCCCUCCCUCCUUUCCUCGGGGGCCACUGCUUGAAAAAUAUGUAUGUUUCCAUCUUGUAUGUAUGUGCACCCCUCCCUCCCCCAAAGUGCUGACUGUGGGGAAUCUUUUACCUGCUGUUUUUAGACACGGAGAAGUGGAAAUUAUGUGGAAGAAGCAAACCUGAUACAAUUUGCCCAAGGUAAACAGUCUGAAGAGACAAAUGGGCCUGCCAAACUGUACAGUUCCUGCCCCAAGAGCUCCUAGGUAUCAAAGUGUUGUCCAUUUUUUCCUCCCUGUUUUUUCUGGUUGAGAUCAAGUCAUUAAUGAACUCCCAAAGUCAAGGCAGGAGGGUGGAGACCUUGUUUACAUCCAAGUUUCCCCAUGUUUUAGACAGAGACUCUUUAAGGCCUGUGCUCUUAUUUCACUAAAGAAAAACUAAUGUCAGCACAUGUUGUUAAUGACAGUGGAAUUUUUUUUUAAAUAAAAAGUUUACAGAUCAAAUGUGAAAUAAAUAUGAAUUAAAUUGUC